AUGUCUGUCAAAAUCGACGUUAAAAGAGUAGGAACCUUCACCAAGUUGGCAGAUAAGUUGGUCUCUAAUACUGACUCAAAUGAAAAAUAUCAGUGUUUCAGAACAGCAGUCCCAGGUGGCCAAGCUCCGCGUCUCAACGAAGACCCUAGCUUGUAUGGAAGAUUGCAAGAAGAAAUGGAUUUGACACUAGGAUGUGAAAACUACAAAGACGACGGACACGGUGAUAGAUAUUGUUCAUUUUUCGAUUAUAUCAAAAAAACGACUGAAAAGGGAUCUUCGAUGAAAGAAGCGAUUGGCGCAGAUUUUGUGUCGAAUCGAAGAAAUCUCAUUGUAAUCGCACAGUCUGCAUAUAAAAUCGAACCAAUGGAAAUUCAAGCAUUUCGCCAGAAUGGAGUAAUUUUUCUGUGUGAUAAAGCCGAAGAUUUGUCAGUGCUAAUAAAAAAAAUGGGUUUUAGUUCAUUUAAUUUCAGAGAAGAAGAAGUUUCAUGGCCACAAGGUCACAAAUUCGAGAGAUAUCUUACAUUGAAUGAAGAAGGCAAGCCACAUGACAAGUACGAAGAGUUGCACACCGAGGAACGCUUCAAGCUAGUCUUGCGAACCACUUUGAAAACAACUGCUAAACCGCCUAUCAAAGUGUUUUAUGCAGCUGAAAUUGAUGCUGUUGAUAGCAAAGGAGAGUAUGUUGAGAUAAAAACAACUGGACUGCGUCACGAUAUGUGGCUCGAGAGAAACAGUCUAAAGAACUAUCUUCAAUCAGCGCUUGCAAAUAUUUCAUACAUUAUUUAUGGUAAAAAGGCGAGAGGAAGAUGGAAUCACAUUUACAGAGUCGACAAAGUGUUCACUGAGACAAUUCCAAGUGAUCGUGUCAACUGGAAGAAAGAUGUGUGCUUCGAGCAACUUUUCAAUGUUCUCGACAAGAUCAAAUCGAAGCUUGAAUACGAUGACGAGGCUCUCGUGUUGAAAAAGACCGAAGAAGGAUUGUUCUUCGAGCCUGAAUGCUCCAAAAAUUGUAUUUUCAUGGAUUCAGACUUUCUGGAACACUUUGCAUAA